UCUCGUUGACUUAGCCAUGAAUCAAGAACAGAACCUACGUCAAUGCGCAGCCUGCGGGGAACAAGAAGCCUUCUUCACCUACGCCGUCAGAAAAAACAAGAAUCUCCGGCGACUCUGCACCGACUGUUUACUCAGGGAGCAUCGUAACCUCUUCUGCCCAAUUUGUCUCGACGUCCCUCCUCCAGAAGAGAGCAUCGUCUGCCUCAAUUGCCCUUCCAUCACCCACCUCGAUUGCCCUCCUCGGCCGUCUUCCUCCGCUUCUCCCUUCACAUGCCCGCCGUGCUCUGAACCCAAUUUCUCCUUCUUCCCCAAAUCUUCUCACUCGACGGUUCUUGACCAAGAAUCAGCCGACGCUCUCGUGGCAGCGGCCAUAAUCUCGGCAUUUUUGAUGAACAACGAGGCGGCUGAGUUAAAGAAGGAAGCACAUAAGAAGAUCUUCGCAGCCAAAGAGGCCAAGAGGAGAGCUAAGGAAGCUUUGGCAAAUCUUCAGGACCUUGUUCUCAAGCAAAAAAGCUUCGGAGAUGAAGAAUAGUAAACACAUCCAAGAAAAUAUGAUACUGCAUUGCUGUUUUCGUUUGGAAACUGAGAUAGGAGACACAUUGCAUUGCUGUUUCGCUUGCUGUUUUCUUUUGUUCUAUCUUUAUCAUCAAUAUGACGGAAACCGGAAGAA